ACAAGAAUAAAUCUUGUGUUCCUUGUGAUAUUUCUCCGCCUGCUUAUUUUGUUACUGAAAUAUUUGUUACUGUAGUUUAAAAGGAACAUUGAAGGCAAGUGACAAUGGAUGAAUGGAGUUUCUUCAGAGGAGUUACUUACUUAUUUCGAAUAACUCAUGAUGAAGAUGAAUGGGUUUAUGAUGAAGAACCUCACGUAGAAAGACGAAAGGAAAUUCUUACCAAGUAUCCAGAAGUCAAGGAGUUAAUGGGACCUGAUAUACAAAUAGUCUAUCUAAGUUCAUUUGAAGUUUUCCUACAAAUUAUUAUGGUUAUGCUGAUAUCUGUUUACCAACCAUCGUGGUUUACAUGGUUAAUAUUAACUUAUACAGUCAGUGGGACAAUUAAUCAUUCACUUGGCUGUGCUAUCCACGAAGUAGGACAUAAUUUAGCCUUCGGGCAUAAGUAUGGUAAAGCAAAUCGAAUCUAUUCAAUAUUUAUUAAUCUACCAAUGGGGUUACCGAUUGCUGUCUCCUACAGGAAAUAUCAUCAAGCUCAUCAUAGAUGGUUAGGUCAUGAAGACGGAGAUGCAGAUAUGCCAUUACGUCUUGAAGCUAAAUUAUUUAGGCAUCCAAUCACUCGACUAAUAUGGAUUAUUAUUCAUCCAGCAUUUUAUGCAUUUCGUCCGUUUAUCAAGCAUCCAUUACCGUUAACAAUAUGGGAGAUUGUCAACUUUUUUGCACAAAUCCUCUUCGAUAUAAUUAUCUGGUAUUAUUUAGGUGUAUGGUCAUUAGGUUAUCUGGUUAUUGGUACACUACUCGGUUUGGGAUUGCAUCCACUCUCUGGACAUUUUAUCAGUGAACAUUAUCUAUUCGCAGAUAAUCAGGCAACUCAUUCGUACUAUGGAAUUGGAAAUUAUUUAAUGUAUAACUUAGGUUAUCAUGUUGAACAUCAUGACUUUCCGUACAUUGCGUAUACCCGAUUGCCGAAGGUCAAAGAAAUUGCGUCAGAGUAUUAUGAUCCUCUGCCGUACCACAAAUCGUUAUGUAGAGUUUUAUGGGACUUUGUCUUCGCUCCGAACAAUGGUCCUCAAGCGCAUUGUGUCAAUUCUCAAGAUUCAUCAAGGCCAGAAAUUUAUGACAACACAGUAUCCAGUAAUCUGUUGAAGUAUGCCUAUGCAACUAUAACAUCAGAAUCAGCGAGCAAAAAGAAAGCCGACUAAAUAUUCCUUGUUUUUCUUCUCCUCUUUUGCUUUCAAAUAUUUAUGCAUAUUUCUACUGGGUAUCUAUUUUUGUUAUGACUAUUCCUCUUUCCAUGGGCUGUGACUGAUGACCAGUCUAGUCGCUUGACUUUCUUUCAUCCACAGGGUCACGGGUUCGAACCCAAGUUCACUGACUGACACCUCACACCAUAGUUAUGGCUUAUUGUCUUUCGAUUGACAGUGUACUGUACUGCAUUUCUCCUCUGGAUGUAUGCUACUCUUAUGUUGUGGUUUUUCUGUCGAACUCCUUUACCAAACAAAAAAAAGGAGAAAAGCGAAUUGUGAAUUUAUUCAAUUGGCUGUGAUCUCUCAUAUGAUGUACAUUUUUACCUAUUUAUGAUAUGCACUAAACACGUUGAUUUUUCAGCGUUUGUAGGAGGAGGGAGGGAGUGUGAAAGCCUUAGUUUUGAUGAAUCCUAUCCACCUCUCCUUCUUUCUCGACUUCUUCAACUCAAUAUAUCGAAGAUGUUCUUUUGUAACAUACAUUUUCUGUCUUUUAUCUUCCUUAUUACAUUAAUUAACAAGUGUAUUCAAAGUGGUAAGUGUUUCAGGUAGCGAUUGACGCACAUAUACACUCAUGCACCCACCUACAAUGUUUCUCAUCCCUCCAUUGUAUAGCUGGUUUGUGUACUUUUAUAAACCAGUCUUUAUCUUAGUGAGUUUUGCAUAUCCCUAUGUGCCUUUCCUUACUUUCUUGUAUACUCUUUUGACUCAUAGUGUGAAAAUAUACUGAUAUGUACUUAUAAUAUCUGCUGGAGUUCGGUUGAUAAACUUUCACCUGCACUGGGCACUGAGGGAACU